AUGCCGACUACCCGUUACACUCAUGCUGUGGUAAAUCGUUUACCACGGUCGCUAACAGACCGACAACCGACAUUGGACUACGAUCGAGCGAAACGCCAACACGAAAACUACGUUCAAGCCCUGCGAGAUAUUGGUCUUGACGUGAUCGAAAUGCCAGCAGACGAAGAUACACCGUGGUGUGCUUUCGUUGACGACACGGCGUUUGUGUGCAACGGCACUGCGAUCAUCACAAAGCCAGCAGAGCCCGAGAGAGCGAAAGAAGUUGAAGCAAUAAGAGCGGUGUUGAAGAAAGAAAUCGGAUUGCCUAUUGUUGAGGUUUCUGAUAAAUCUGCAAAAUUACACGGAAGCGAUAUAUUAUUUACAGGUCGAGAAUUCUUUAUUGGAAUAACAAAAUGGACUAAUGAAUCCGGAGCAUGUGCAGUUGCAUCUGCUUUUCCUGAAUAUCCUUGUACUCCAAUCAAGGUGACAGAAAACAAGCAUCUAAAAACGAUUGUGUCAAUGGCGGGACCAGAUCUUAUGUGCGUGGGGUCAAGUGAUUCUACAAAAAAUGUUUUGAAGAGAUUAGAAAGAGAAGCUACAUAUAGCUACCAAAUUCUUACAUUACCUGAAGAUGAAGCUGCUAAUGUUAUGUACAUUAAUGGUACAUUAUUACAUCGGUCAGCUAAAGAAAUACCAUUAUCGUUCAAUGUUCUAAUGGAGAAAAUAACAGAUUUUACUUUACAAUCAGUAGAUAUUUCUGAACUUUUAAAAUGUGAAGGAGCCAACUUAAAUUCAUGUUGCCUUUUAGUCAGACGUACAAAACACAUUCGAAGCUUAUAA